GCGCGCGCGGCGCGAGGGGGCCCGGGGAGCGGGGGUGGCGGCGGCGGCCGGCCUGCACUAGGGCGGGCCAGGCAAGCGGGGGCUUUUCCGUGGCCAGCGCACGCGAUAGGAAAAGACUGACAAUAUGGCAACUGCCCAGAUGCAAAGAAAUUCUAUGAGUGCAGUAAUAUUUCCUAAUAAAAUAUGUACUGAACAGCAGUCUUUGAUAUUGGUGAAGAGACUCCUAGCAGUAUCAGUAUCCUGCAUUACUUACCUAAGAGGAAUUUUUCCAGAAUGUGCCUAUGGAACAAGAUAUCUAGAUGACCUCUGUGUCAAAAUUUUGAGGGAAGACAAAAACUGUCCUGGGUCCACUCAGUUGGUGAAAUGGAUGAUAGGAUGCUAUGAUGCUUUGCAGAAAAAAUAUCUAAGAAUGGUUGUCCUAGCAGUGUACACUCAUGCAGAAGACCCUCAGACAGUUACAGAAUGUUAUCAGUUCAAAUUCAAAUACACCAACAAUGGGCCGGUAAUGGAUUUCACCAGUAAGAACAAAGGAAAUGAUUCCAACAUCACAUGUACAGACACCAAGAAAGCAAGUAUCCUCCUCAUUCGUAAGAUUUAUGUUCUGAUGCAGAAUCUGGGCCCGUUACCUAAUGAUAUCUGCUUGACUAUGAAGCUUUUUUAUUAUGAUGAAGUUACACCACCUGAUUACCAGCCUCCUGGUUUUAAAGAGGGUGAUUCUGACACAAUGAUAUUUGAGGGGGAGCCUAUUUACCUAAAUGUGGGUGAGGUGCCAACCCCUUUUCAUAUGCUGAAAGUUAAAGUGACAACUGAGAGAGAACGAAUGGAAAAUCUUGAUAAAAACAUGCUAAAGCAAGGAGACUGUAAGAUGCCUACGCAAUUAAUCAGACUGGACAAAGAUGAUCCAGAAGAACAGGACCAGCAAAUAAAUGAAGAUUUUGUGGCAGAAAAUAAAAUGGAAGUUCAGAAAAAUGCAAAUACAUCUGUAAAAGCUGGAGAAUUAAGUUUAACUUGUGAAGAAAAUGAACUUAUGAGGUCUGAAGAAAGCCAGAAUAAACCUGUUUCUAAUUCUCAGGAGAUGGACUCAAGGAAACACUAUCAAAAGGAACCACCAGGCUGGGAACUUCCAUCAACAACCACUUAGAACCAUCUGGCAAAAUUUCCAUUUUAUUUGGCUUUAAUUUAAUAAAAUUAUGUGACAUCCAUAAUAGUCAUUUAGCUUUGGUAAAAAUCUCUGCUUUUAAAUGUUGAUGGAAGCUUAAGGUAAAUCUGGGUAUUGUAAUAAUGACUAUUCUUAUUGUACUCUCUGAAAACAGCACUGAGAGAAGUAACAUGUAAAUACAGAACAGGAGUACGUCUAUUACAGAUCCUUGAGGCUCAAGUGCAAAUCGACCCCUUGGUAAUAGCCAGUGACUGACUAUAACUGAAAACAAUUGAAGCACUGAUUCAGGCACUGGUACUUACUUAUGCACAUGUCUUCAGUAGGACUACUUGUGCUUAAAGUUAAGCACGUGCUCAAGUACUGUGAUGGAUUGGGGCAAACAGGCACUUGGCAUCUUGCAGGAUUGAGCCCUUUGUGUCCU